AUGGCGGAGGCAUUUCCAAGUCCGCGUAAGCGACGCCGCCUCCUCCAGGAGUCGGAGGUCAAUGAAGGGGAUAUGGAAAUUGAACACUACGUCCAUCGAACUGAUCCAUUUCGAAGCAUUAGCUUCCCGAAUUCCGAUCCGACAGCCCUUAACGUCACCACCAUGACCGCUGAGGAAGAUCCUACACAACAUUUGCACCGUGACAUCUUCAACACCCUCGACCAGUAUGGUCUGUCAGCGAAGUCACUUUUUCAUAUGUUGAAUGCAACUAUCCCCGGUGCCAGCUUUCCUCUGCUUCGCGUUGUUGUUGCGGGUGAUCAUUCGGCUCUAGUGCCCCUAGGGUCCAUCAAAGACAAUCUUACUACCCUUCUCGACAACCAUAGCCUUCCACAGAUCCAGGUGGAGGUGAUCAACGGGGACCACUUUUAUGUCCCUACUUUGUUCCCGAUCCACUCAACAGCCGAGCUUGCCAUUGCGUUUCACCAUCUUAAGGAUGAGAUCGUCCGGCUUCUCGACGAGACUCUUGGAACCAAAUGGCAACUGGUUUGUCCAUUCAACAUUGGCAGGGAUUCCCGUUCCGCGCGGCCAGCCCUUGUUGGUGUUCUACCCUCAACAAAUGCAAACUGGUAUCAGCUCCAAGCCCACCUGACGCAUCAACUUACAUCACACAUCCCUCCUAUUUUUACAGACAUCGAGUUCCUCCCUGGGAAACUUAGCCUCCUUGGGGAGGGUGAUCCUGUCUCAUUUAAAGAUCGCGUCAAAGGUCCUAAGGAUAUUCAGAUGGGACGUUCAAUCGGCGUUCGAGGAGGUAAUAACGCUGGUACCUUAGGAGGCUUUGUCGCGGUUACAUAUGACGGCGAAACGCACCGUGGCCUCCUGACCAACUACCAUGUUAUGCGCCCCUCCCCUCCAUAUGCUAACCUUGAUACAAUCAAUCGUGAGGGCGUAUCUCCUCUCUCGCCUAUCCCCUUCCAGGGGGCAAUCAGUAUAGAAUCUCUAGCCAGGAUAGACCGUGACUAUACCCUGACCGAUCUUGACGACCAACUACAAGCCCUGGAGACACAGAAGGCUCGGGUCGUAGACUUCAUCCGGCAACGGCAGCUCACUAGCGAUGCACCUCGCGCAUCCUCCCAACAACAGCUUGAAGCCGUUGAAACCUGGGAGAAAACUCUGAUUGCAACGCGCCCAGUCAUCCAGGCGAUGCCACACGUCCUAGGUGACGUCUAUUCUGCGUCGGGCCUCUUAGUCCAUGGCCGACGUGUUAUUGAUUGGGCUUUCGUCGAGCUAACCCCGGAGGCCGAGGAGCGCUUCUUUAGGCCCAACCGAAUGCCCGAAGUCCCAAGGAACCAGAUGCCUCGAAGCGGCCCCUCCGGUCCACCUCCGGCUCUAGUCGCAGCAGGUACCCGUCUCGACGAAUUUAGCUCGUUACAGGAAGACACGUACUAUAUCAAACAAGGGCGCACCACCGACGUCACAGGUGUAGUGUGCAACGGUGUGCUGUCUGUUUGCAAAUGGGCGACACGAUACGAUAUCAAUAGUAAUACCGUCGACAGCAAAGAUCUUCGUACGGAGGAAUUCAUGAUAAUAGGUAUCCAAGAUCGCUUUAUUGAGUUUGGUGACUCUGGCUCAUUUGUCGUGGAUUCGACCGGGGCCGUUGCGGGCCUCGUAUUCGCCGAAUUCAAACACAACCUCCAGGCUGUCGGACUCGCAUUAACAGUCCCGGAUCUUAUGGACACGAUGAAGGGUCGACUUAAAGGUCCCGUCUCUCUCCGUCUCCCAUAA